AUUCGUUUGUGGAUCGUAUUUCAAGUGAAAUUUUCUCCCUGUUAUGAGAUAAUGAACCAUGAAACCUUCGUUAAUAUUAUACUAAAAGAGAGGACUUCUUUCAAAACAUCUGGAGGCGAGGAAAUCGGCAUGAAGUUGUUUUUGUCUACUUUUCACUGCCCCCGCACGACAUUUUUCCACACAAGAUACAGAGAGAUACUCCUCCCCUUUUUUUUCAACUCAUCCAGAAAUUAACCAAUCCGCUUAUGUAAACUCACUCAGGAAGAUUUGUUAUUUUAUGUGCGAAGGAAAAACCGCCUCAACACAACAUAUCCAUCGCAAUAGAAUGUUCAUCGUUGAGGCACAAGUGUGGCAAAACGAUGGUGGAUGAGAUGAAGUUGAAUCCCUUGAGAUUCGUCACUUUGGGAUAGAUGGUUGUGAGUGGUGGAGGUUUUACGAAGAGGUUUCUCCUGUGUAUACACAGAAUCGGAAGUGUCGGGAUGUCGGUGAAUGUGGUGGAUAAAGGGGAGGAAGGACACAAAACACGGCGACUUCUGCGAACGCCAAAAUGUGCACGGUGUCGAAAUCAUGGAGUAAUUUCAUGUCUCAAGGGUCACAAAAAAUUGUGUCGCUGGCGCGAAUGUUGUUGCCCCAAUUGCCAACUCGUGGUGGAACGACAGAGAGUGAUGGCAGCUCAAGUGGCACUUAGACGGCAGCAAAAUUCAGAGGAAGAAAGCAAUCCUAGUACUUUGAUGAAUAGGAUGCAGUCAAUGGAGGCACUCUUGAAUCAGAAAAGGAACUACUUGAAGCACCUUCGUAAUCUCCAACAGUCGACAAUUUCACGAGAAAUUCUUCAAGGCAUUAGGAGGUAUCCUCCAUUCAGUACACCACUUGCAGAUCGAAUCCGGAAGCGACGAGCAUUUGCUGACCGUGAAUUGGACCUGCAAUCCAUCACGACGAGUACAACGCUUCUACCGCACAUACCACCGCCUUUUCAUGCCUACUAUCAGCCGGUGAGCCCUUGUGAUGUCCCACCACUCCCCACGCGGCUCUUCAAUGCACAAUUCAAUCUCAUGUCGUCGCCCACGCCUGAUGUUUCUCAUCAACUCACGGAGCAGAACUUCCUCCCCAUUCCUUCAGCCCAACCACCAGGUGAGCCGACUAAAUUGCGUGUUCUCCAUGAAAGUGAAUUAAAUUCCUCUGCGGAAGUGCCAUCAAGUACAAAAGCCCCCACCAAAUUAUCAUUCUCAAUUGAAGCUAUUAUGGCAAUCAAUUGAGCAUCGAGAACAAUAUGUGCCUUUGGAUCCUUUUGAUAUUCAUUCAUUCAGGAGGAUUUGAAAAGAAAAAAAGCAAUAUAUAUUUUUUAAUAAUUAAUAUUUUCUUUGAUGUUUUAACCAAUUUAUAGAGAACUCUGUAAGGAUAUUUAUCAAAAAAAAAUGUACAUAGAAAUAAAAUGAAUAUAUUUUCACUUAAUA